UCGUAAUACUUUUUAAUUUAUUUAAUUUAAAAUAUAUUCUCUCCAAAUUAGUAAUGGCUUGCUCCUGUAAAUCAUAUUUUUCCUGUUAUCAAGCUCUUGUACAUCAUACUUUUCCUGUUAGCAAUUGAGUCGUCUAUUUAACUCCUUUUAGGAGAAAAAUUUCGAAUUGAAAUAACGUAACUGCUGGCUUUCAUCGAAACUUAUUAUAUAGUUAAUCGGGGCUUACUACUCCCAAUCUUUCCACAUCUGGUCUCACCUUUUAUGUAUUCAAUUCUGUUCUCGAGAUUAAGGAAGGACAGACACACAAACGACAGUAGGCAUUUAUAGGUCGACAAUUUUUCAAAUUGCAGCCAAAUAUAUAUAGGCUAAAGGACCCUCUCGCGAAAAUAGCAAUGUAAUAUCACUUGUACGCGACAUAAAAAAUAUACUCUUAAAAAACUGUUAUAAAUAAUUAAUUUUAUCAGGAUGUUUACCUUAGUUAUUUUAUGCCAUUGUCUAUAAAUUACAUAUGAUGAGCAAAUGAUGCUUCAGGGAUUGGUUCUGAACCCGAUAUGUGAAAUUUUAAACACGAAUAAGAUGACGACAUAAUUUUAAACAGCCGAAGUUUUAACGGACAAAUAACGGUUUUUGUAAAAACCGUUAUUUCAAAUAAUUGAUGAUAGAAGGCGUUUCUUCAUGUAUUAUAAAUUCAUCAUCAUUGGUCAAUAAUUAUUGAAUUUCAAUCUGUUUAAGAAGAUGAAAUAAGGAAGAUGCGGUUGACUAAAAAACCAUACUAGGGAUGAAUGAUACCUCAAGAUCAGUAUGAACCGCUUUAAUGUCAAGCCGCUUAGAGGACACGUCUUCUUCAGAAAUGAUCGCAGUAGAAACGUACAGUUGCUGUAGCAACCGCAGGGAGGGCCGGAAAGGGGUGGAACUGUUCUUAUCGAUUGUUCUGCACAGCCAUGUCUACUAUCCAUACUUCAGAACAAUGGAGUAUUUUAUAUGCGAAGAUUAUGGGUCUAGAUAGAUUUAUGCUACAGUUAAUACUUGACAGAUCGAUCUUAAUGAUUGAGGACUAUGAUGUCCUUGAAGAAAUCAUAAGGACAAAAUGAAGAAAACUUUUCUAAUUAUAGCAACUUUUGGUUUGGCCGCAUUUUUACUUUAUUUUACUUACUCUCAAGAUCUGUUCAUGAGACAGCCGGUGAUCGAUGUUAGGCAUAGUUUUGACAAGGACGGCUUUUUGAUAGAUACCAGAGGUUGCCGAAUUCCAAAGUGGGAUCCAUUCGAAGCCAGUGUUAAAAAGUUCUUCCAGAGACACGAGGAACCGUUUUUCUGCCCUGGCAGACCGUCAUUUUUAUCAAUUCGUCCAAAUGCUGUGAUUAAAAUUAACGAAAGAAUUCUUUUAGAGCAUUACGGAUUGUUUCCGAGUAAUAUCACUUGUCAUUUCAGGACAAUUACGAGAAAUCCUGGUACUCCCGAAGAACCUACCGAUGAUAAGUACAAAAUUGGUGAUUCUUGCCAAUUAUUAUUUGAUCAACCAGUUAAAUCUGAAUUUAUCUUAGUCAGUUGUGCUAACGAAGAAAGAGAGUUUUAUACAGAAUAUAUCCCUUUGACUCCCCUGAAAGAAGAAUUGGAAGAAGAGAAAAGUAAAUUAGAGAAGGACUCGCCCAUUCCCUCACCCAAUAAGUUUAACAUAAUACUUUUGGGUAUCGAUUCCAUAUCCAAACUUAAUUUUUAUCGUCAUCUUCCUCGGACUUUAAAAUAUUUACGUGAAACACUAGGCGCAAUCGAACUUCACGGAUAUAACAAAGUAGGAGAUAAUACAUUUCCCAAUAUAGUUCCACUUUUAUCCGGUCACUUCAUAUCUCACUAUUGGAACGAAAGUAGAAGGAAGGAUUUCUUAGAUCACGUCGAUUUGAUAUGGAAACUCUAUGCCAAACAUGGAUAUCGCACCUUGAUGGCUGAAGAUGCACCAAACAUUGCUACUUUUAAUUACAUUAAAAGAGGAUUCCGCAAUCCACCAGCUGAUUAUUAUUUGCGACCAUUUUCUGUAGCGGUAGAAAGAUCUGAAAUGAGGAAAAAAUCCAAAGCUCAUUGUUUUCAAUCAAAAAUGGAGAUGAAAGUAAUGUUUGACUAUUUAAAAACCUUUGUAGAAACUAUGGCUGAACGGCCGUACUUUGCAUUUACGUUUGUAGCUAGAUUGACUCACGAUCAGUUGAAUCUUGCAGGUUAUGCGGAUCUACCAUCUAAAGAAUUAUUAACUCACUUCCACGAAAAUGGAGUCUUCAAUAAUACUUUCGUGUUGUUUUUCAGUGAUCAUGGCAUCCGAUUCGGUAAUAUUCGAAAAACCUACAUUGGAAAAUUUGAAGAGAGGAUGCCAUUUGUGUUUUUAAUAUUUCCUAAAUGGUUCUACGAAAAAUAUCCAGAAUAUGCUAAAAAUUUGCAUAUAAACGAACGUCGCUUAACUACACCAUUCGAUUUACAUGCCACGAUCAUGCAUUUACUUUAUUUACCAAAUGAUCUUCCUGAAAACGCUACAACAUACGGGAUCAGUUUACUCAAGGAAGUUCCUUCGAAAAGAAGUUGCGAGGAUGCUGCUAUCAAGCCACAUUGGUGUACAUGCCAAAUCCACAUUCCCAUUCCAGUGAAUGACAUCGGUGUUAUCAGUGCAGCUAAUGCUUUAGUGGAUACCCUCAAUGAAUGGACUAGUUCCUAUAGUGAUAAAUGUCUCAAUUUAACCUUAUCUUCUAUUGUGGGUGCUCAUUUAGGUUCGGCUAAUGAUCAGGUGUUAAGAUUCGAUCAUCACGAACACGAUGUCAUCAAUAGUCACGUAGUUUAUGGUAAAAAAAUUGUUGGACCAGUCGACUAUUUAAUAACUGUUAGCACUAUACCCGGUAAUGCAUUGUUUGAAGCUACAGUUAGGUACGACAUCAACGAGAAGUCGUACAAGGUACUAGACGAAGUCAGUCGUAUUAACAAAUAUGGAAAGCAGUCAGAGUGUAUAAAAAGUGCAAAACUCAGGAAAUAUUGUUAUUGUAAAAAUUACAAACCUUAAUUAAGUUUAUGAACUGAUACAACGCUCUAAAAAUCCGUUCAUAAACCGACGAACGUACAUAAUUUCAGUUCACCAAUUUAUGAACCACGAAUGGAUCAUAUCAGUUGAUGAACUGAUAAAAUGUUUAAUAAAAAAAACCAAAAUGUGUUUGUGGUGUUGAUUAAAAUAUAUACUGUAUAUAUAUAUAUAAAAUAUAUAUAAUUUAUGCUUCGAACACCUCUAAAAUUACGAGUGUAAAAUGUGGCAUAAUCGAGAUAUUUCAUUUCUCGCAAAGUCAAGAUCAGUUAUGGUUUUUAAACAGUUCAAAUAUAUUGUUAAUGAUUUCCAUUAAAAAUAUUUUUUUAAUUUUUAUAGAAAAUUUUUUAUUUUGCACACCUUUUCUCUUUCUUCUUGUCUUUCCUCGAAAGGUCAGUUUUAUCGAUAAUCUCUGCACGUAGCUGUUUGAAGAUGAAUUUGGACCAUAUCCAUCGAUCCAUUAGUCAAAACCUGCAACAUCAACAGCAAAAUUUCUUAUCGAUUAUCUUCUACAAAUGGAAAUUACUCACUUGAAAUCGAUUUAAAG